AUGAACCUGGCGUCGCUCGGCAUGGAAUUGACAUCACCGGCACCUCAGAAGAACACGCUGUUGCUGCGCCGCUUUGGCGGCCCGUUCGCCAACUUCCCGGCCCGACCCUUCGAAAUCGACGUCGAGACGCCGCCCGCCUACCGAUUCUCCACCAACCUCCUCCACCGACUGGCCGGCCCGCAGCUGAACAAGCAGCACGAGGACGUCCUCUUCUACCUCUUCUACAACAUGACCGGCGAGGCAUACCAGCUGGCUGCUGCAGCCGAACUUUACGCGCAAAACUGGCGCUAUCACAAGGUGGAAUGCAUCUGGUUGACGCGGAACAAGUUUGCAAACUUUCUCGACCAGACGGGCUCGUCGGAGCGCGGCACGUACACAGUUUUCGACCCGGUCCAUUGGGCAAAGGUACAACGCCCGAUGCACCUCGUCUACAGCGAGCUGGCCGAGCGCCCGGUGGUCGACCCGCAGAUGCUGAAGGAACACGGCUGCUCGGAGCAGCUGAUAAUCGACGCCCAGUCCGUCGUCCUCGCCAACCACCUCCAGCAGCAGCAGCUCGACCCUAAACUGCCU